GCGGCGCGGGCCGGGCCGGGCCGGGGCCGUGGGGGCGCUCCCGGGCGGGCGGGCGGGCGGCGCCGGCACCGCCAUGGUGAAGAGGAAGAGCUCGGAGGGGCCGGAGCAGGAGAGCGGCCGCGGCGUCCCCCUGCCCAUCCAGACCUUCCUGUGGAGGCAGACCAGUGCAUUUUUGAGGCCCAAAUUGGGGAAACAAUAUGAAGCUUCCUGUGUGUCUUUUGAAAGAGUUUUAGUGGAGAACAAACUACACGGUCUUUCUCCGGCCCUUUCUGAAGCCAUCCAAAGCAUUUCUCGCUGGGAACUGGUGCAAGCUGCCUUACCACAUGUACUGCACUGCACAGCAACAUUGCUGUCUAACCGAAACAAGCUAGGACAUCAGGAUAAGCUUGGAGUAGCGGAGACUAAGUUGCUUCACACUCUCCACUGGAUGCUGUUGGAGGCUCCUCAAGACUGCAGCAAUGACCGAUUUGGAGGAGACCGAGGCUCCAGUUGGGGAGGGAGUAGUAGCGCCUUUAUUCAUCAGAUUGAAAACCAGGGAUCGCCAGGACACCCCAGACACAGCAUCUCUAAUGAUGAGGAAGAGAAUAACAGGAGGAGGUUCUUUCAGAAUUCCAUGGCUACGGUGGAGCUCUUUGUGUUCCUGUUUGCUCCAUUGGUCCAUAGAAUUAAGGAGUCUGACCUAACUUUUCGGCUGGCCAGUGGCCUUGUUAUUUGGCAGCCCAUGUGGGAACACAGGCAGCCUGAGGUUUCUGCCUUCACUGCUCUGGUUAAACCAAUUAGGAACUUUAUUACAGCCAAGAGAAGUUCUCCAACCAACAGUCAGAGCUUGUCUUGUGAAUCCCCGAAUCUGGACACUGGGCACACAGAGGGUCUCCAGGUGGUGUGUGAAACAGCCCAACCAGAUUCUGUACCUCAUAAGGCUACUAUUUCAGCAUGUCACCGUGGAAACUCCUUGGAUGGAAGUGUAUCAUCUCAAACAUCUCAGGACAGAGGCCCCCCACGUCCCAGGAUUUCUGUGGUGAUCCCGCCAUGCCAAAAGUCCCGCUAUGCCACUUAUUUUGAUGUGGCUGUGCUCCGUUGUUUGCUGCAGCCCCAUUGGUCAGAGGAGGGUACACAGUGGUCUCUGAUGUACUAUCUGCAAAGACUGAAGCAUAUGCUACAGGAAAAGCCAGAGAAACCACCUGAGCCAGAGAUCACACCCUUGCCAAGACCCCGCAGCAGUUCAAUGGUGGCUGCUGCACCCUCUCUGGUAAAUACGCAUAAAACUCAGGAUCUCACAAUGAAAUGCAACGAAGAAGAAAAAUCACUCAGCACUGAGGCCUUUUCCAAGGUAUCACUGACCAACCUGCGCAGGCCAGCAGUUCCAGAUCUCUCCACAGACCUAGGAAUGAACAUCUUUAAGAAGUUCAAGAGCCGCAAAGAAGAUAGGGAGCGCGAGCGCAAGGGAUCCAUUCCUUUCCACCACACAGGGAAAAAACGUCAGCGAAGAAUGGGUGUGCCCUUUCUCCUUCAUGAGGACCAUCUGGACGUGUCGCCCACUCGCAGCACAUUCUCCUUCGGCAGCUUCUCUGGGAUUGGGGAGGAUCGGCGUGGCAUUGAGAGGGGAGGAUGGCAGACCACCAUAUUAGGAAAGUUUACCAGACGAGGAAGCUCUGACACACCUACAGAGAUGGAGAGCCUGAGUGCUAGGCAUUCACACUCUCAUCAUACUCUCGUCACUGAUUUGCCUGACCACUCAAACAGCCAUGGAGAGAAUACAGUCAAAGAAGUACGCUCCCAAAUCUCCACCAUUACAGUGGCAACUUUCAACACCACAUUAGCCUCAUUCAACGUAGGCUACGCAGAUUUCUUCAGUGAGCACAUGCGAAAACUCUGCAAUCAGGUACCCAUUCCAGAGAUGCCCCAUGAACCAUUGGCAUGUGCCAACCUUCCACGGAGUUUGACGGACUCCUGCAUCAAUUAUAGCUGCUUGGAGGACACAGAUCACAUCGAUGGAACCAAUAACUUUGUCCACAAGAAUGGCAUGCUGGAUCUUUCAGUAGUUCUGAAGGCUGUUUACUUAGUUCUGAACCAUGACAUUACCUCCCGCAUUUGUGACGUGGCACUGAACAUUGUCGAAUGCCUGCUUCAGCUUGGUGUGGUGCCCUGUGUGGAGAAAGUCAGAAGGAAGAGUGAGAACAAGGAAAAUGAGGCCCCUGAAAAGAGACCAAGUGAAGGAUCCUUCCAGAUCAAGGGGGCCACAUCAGGUGGCUCUGCCUGUGGAUUUGUGGCUCCCUCAGUCAGUGGAGCUGGAGAUGGAGGAGGAGAAGAAGGUGGAGGUGGUGGAGGGGGAGGUGGUGGAGGCGAUGAAGGUGGAGGAGGUGGCAGCGGCGGCGGUGGCGGAGGUCCUUAUGAAAAGAAUGACAAAAAACAAGAGAAGGAUGAAACCACUCCAAUAAGCACCCAUCGGCUGGCACUAACUAUGCUGAUCAAAAUAGUGAAAUCCUUGGGCUGUGCUUAUGGCUGUGGAGAAGGACACCGAGGGCUCUCUGGAGAUCGCCUGAGACACCAGGUAUUCCGGGAGAAUGCUCAGAAUUGCCUCACAAAGCUGUACAAGCUGGAUAAGAUGCAGUUCCGGCAGACGAUGAGGGACUAUGUGAACAGAGAUUCCCUCAAUAACGUGGUGGAUUUUCUUCAUGCUUUGCUAGGAUUCUGCAUGGAGCCAGUCACUGACAACAAGGCUGGAUUUGGCAAUAACUUCACCACAGUGGACAACAAAUCUACUGCACAAAGUGUGGAAGGAAUUAUAGUCAGUGCCAUGUUCAAGUCCCUGAUCACUCGCUGUGCCUCUACUACACAUGAACUUCAUAGCCCUGAAAAUCUGGGAUUGUACUGUGACAUCCGACAGUUGGUCCAAUUUAUCAAGGAGGCUCAUGGAAAUGUCUUUAGAAGGGUGGCACUCAGUGCCCUUUUGGAUAGUGCUGAAAAAUUAAUACCAGGGAAGAAAACAGAGGAAACAGAGCAGGAACCAAAACCUUCAGGGAGCAAAAGAUCUGAGGUGGGAAGCAUUGUUAUUGAUAAGGGACAGGCACAGGCAUCAUCUGCCCCCGAUGAAUGUCGCAGUUACCUCUCCAGCCGUCCACUGCAGACUCCAGAGCACGAUGAGCAAAUGCAGGGGGCUGUUCUGGGACGCAAGGACUUCUGGCGGAAGAUGUUUAAGUCGCAGAGUGCAGCAAGUGAUACAAGUAGCCAGUCAGAGCAGGAUACAUCAGAAUGCACCACAGCUCACUCUGGGACAACCACUGAAAGGCGCUCUCGCUCCCGUUCCCGACGGAUCUCUCUCCGAAAGAAACUCAAACUCCCCAUAGGGAACUGGCUGAAGCGGUCCUCCCUCUCUGGACUGGCUGAUGGAGUGGAAGACCUCCUGGAUAUCAGCUCUGUAGACCGUCUUUCUUUCAUCAGGCAGAGUUCCAAGGUGAAAUUCACUAGUGCAGUGAAACUGUCAGAAGGAGGACCAGGAGGUGCCCUGGAGAAUGGGCGAGAUGAAGAGGAGAAUUUCUUCAAGCGUCUUGGUUGCCACGGUUUUGAUGAUCACUUGGCCUCCAACCAGGAAGGUGGAAAAUCUAAAAAUGUAGUGAACCUGGGAGCAAUAAGACAAGGCAUGAAGCGCUUUCAAUUUCUUCUGAACUGCUGUGAGCCAGGCACAAUCCCUGAUGCCUCAAUCCUGGCAGCUGCACUUGAUCUUGAAGCUCCUGUGGUGGCAAGAGCAGCCCUCUUCCUAGAAUGUGCUCGCUUUGUUCACCGCUGCAACCGUGGCAAUUGGCCAGAGUGGAUGAAAGGGCAUCAUGUGAACAUCACAAAGAAAGGCCUGUCCCGUGGACGUUCCCCUAUAGUGGGAAAUAAACGGAACCAGAAGCUGCAAUGGAAUGCAGCCAAACUGUUCUACCAGUGGGGAGAUGCAAUUGGUGUCCGACUCAAUGAGCUGUGCCAUGGGGAGAGUGAAAGCCCCGCCAAUCUGCUGGGCCUCAUUUAUGAUGAGGAGACCAAGCGAAGACUGAGAAAGGAGGAUGAGGAGGAAGACUUUUUAGAUGACAGCACUGUGAAUCCUACCAAAUGUUGUUGUCCUUUUGCCCUGAAGAUGGCAGCAUGCCAGCUUCUCUUGGAGAUCACCACUUUUCUCCGAGAGACUUUUCCCUACAUGCCUAGACCACGUACUGAGCCUCUUGUGGAUCUUGAGAGCUGCAGGUUGCGUUUGGACCCUGAGAUGGACCGGCACAGAUAUGAAAGGAAGAUCAGCUUUGCUGGGGUUCUUGAUGAAAAUGAAGACUCAAAAGACUCUCUGCACAGCAGCAGCCACACCCUCAAAUCUGACACUGGCUGUGAAGAGAAGAAAGUUCCCAGCAGGAAGAUCAGGAUAGGAGGCUCCCGCUUGCUCCAGAUUAAAGGAACCCGCAGUUUCCGGGUGAAGAAGGGGGGUUCCCUAUCCAGCAUUCGCCGGGCCGGCAGCCUAAAGAGCACCAAGUUAUCACGGCAGGACUCAGAGUCUGAGAAUGAGGAGCUGCAGCUGUCCCACAGCAGGGACACUGUCACUGACAUAGAAGGGAGCCCUUGGAGCGCAAGUGAGCCUAGCAUUGAGCCCGAGGUGCUGAGCAGCACAGGCACAGAGGAGAAUUACCAUCGGAACAUGUCCUGGCUGCAUGUCAUGAUCCUACUGUGCAACCAGCAGAGUUUUAUAUGUACCCACAUUGAUUACUGCCACCCCCAUUGCUAUCUACACCACAGCCGCUCCUGUGCCCGGCUAGUUCGGGCCAUCAAACUCCUGUACGGUGACACAGUGGACUCUCUCCGAGAAAGCAACACACUGAAUAGUGUGGCAAGGGGGAAAAAACAGAAAGAGUGCUCAGACAAAUCAUGCCUAAGAACGCCAUCUCUAAAGAAGAGAGUUAUAGACAUCAACUUGGAAGGAAAGAAGGACUCUGGAAUGUUGAAAUACAUCAGGCAUCAGGUAAUGAGCCUGUCCCCAGCACCUUUGUCACUGUUAAUCAAGGCAGCUCCUAUCCUCACAGAAGAAAUGUAUGGGGACAUCCAGCCUGCUGCCUGGGAACUGCUGCUCAGUGUGGAUGAGCAUAUGGCAGGAGCAGCAGCUGCCAUGUUCCUACUGUGUGCUGUGAAAGUGCCAGAGGCUGUUUCUGAUAUGCUGAUGUCUGAAUUUCAUCACCCUGAGACAGUGCAAAGACUGAACGCCAUUCUCAAAUUCCACACCCUCUGGAGAUUUAGAUAUCAAGUCUGGCCUCGAAUGGAGGAGGGAGCUCAACAGAUCUUUAAGAUCCCUCCACCAAGUAUAAACUUCACCCUGCCCUCCCCAGUCCUGGGAAUGCCCUCUGUGCCAAUGUUUGACCCACCUUGGGUCCCACAGUGCAGUGGGAGUGUGCAAGACCCCAUCAAUGAAGACCAGUCUAAGUCAUUUUCAGCCCGGGCAGUGUCACGUUCUCAUCAGCGAGCAGAGCAUAUCCUGAAGAACCUACAGCAAGAGGAGGAAAAGAAACGCCUGGGCCGGGAGGCCAGUCUGAUCACUGCCAUUCCCAUCACCCAGGAGGCAUGCUAUGAGCCCACCUGCAACCCAAGUUCAGAGCAGGAGGAGGAAGAAGAAGUUGCCAACCUGGCAUCCCGCCGGCUCUCUGUGAGUCCCUCUUGCACAUCUAGCACUUCUCACAGGAACUAUUCCUUCCGUCGUGGCUCUGUCUGGUCAGUGCGUUCAGCAGUCAGUAAUGAAGAUGAGGAACACACUACAGAGCAUACUCCAAAUCAUCAUGUGCCCCAGCCUCCCCAGGCAGUGUUCCCAGCAUGCAUCUGUGCAGCUGUGCUCCCCAUUGUCCAUUUGAUGGAAGAUGGAGAAGUCCGGGAGGAUGGAGUCGCAGUGAGUGCUGUGGCUCAGCAAGUCUUAUGGAACUGCCUGAUUGAAGAUCCCUCAACAGUUCUGCGGCAUUUCCUGGAGAAACUCACAAUAAGCAAUCGACAGGAUGAGUUGAUGUACAUGCUGAGGAAGCUUCUACUAAACAUCGGAGACUUUCCUGCCCAGACAUCUCAUAUCCUCUUUAACUACUUGGUGGGACUGAUCAUGUAUUUUGUACGUACCCCAUGCGAAUGGGGCAUGGAUGCCAUUUCAGCAACUCUGACCUUCCUGUGGGAAGUGGUGGGUUAUGUAGAGGGCCUGUUCUUCAAAGAUCUGAAGCAGACUAUGAAGAAGGAGCAGUGUGAAGUAAAAUUGCUGGUGACUGCCUCAAUGCCAGGCACAAAGACCUUGGUAGUGCAUGGGCAGAAUGAAUGUGACAUCCCAACCCAGCUACCUGUACAUGAGGACACACAAUUUGAAGCUCUUCUGAAGGAGUGCUUGGAAUUUUUUAAUAUACCUGAAACCCAGUCUUCUCAUUAUUUUUUAAUGGAUAAACGAUGGAACCUUAUUCAUUACAACAAGACCUAUGUUCGUGAUAUUUAUCCUUUCCGGAGAUCGGUAUCUCCUCAGCUGAACUUGGUACAGAUGCACCCAGAAAAGGGUCAGGAGCUCAUUCAGAAACAGGUGUUCACCCGCAAGCUGGAGGAAGUAGGGCGAGUGUUGUUUCUGAUAUCACUCACCCAGAAAAUCCCUACUGCCCACAAGCAGUCCCAUGUCUCUAUGCUCCAAGAGGACCUUCUGCGCCUGCCUUCCUUCCCAAGAAGUGCCAUUGAUGCAGAAUUCUCACUCUUCAGUGAUCCUCAAGCUGGGAAGGAGCUAUUUGGCCUUGAUACUCUUCAGAAAAGCCUGUGGAUUAAGCUCCUGGAGGAGAUGUUUCUUGGUAUGCCCAGCGAGUUUCCUUGGGGGGAUGAAAUCAUGCUUUUCCUAAAUGUCUUUAAUGGAGCCUUGAUCCUGCACCCAGAGGACAGUGCUUUGCUGAGGCAAUAUGCUGCUACUGUCAUCAACACUGCUGUGCACUUCAACCAUCUAUUCUCCCUCAGUGGAUACCAAUGGAUCCUUCCCACCAUGCUGCAGGUAUAUGCUGACUAUGAAAGCAACCCUCAGUUACGCCAAGCAAUUGAGUUUGCCUGCCGCCAGUUCUACAUUCUGCAUCGCAAGCCCUUUAUCCUACAGCUGUUUGCUAGUGUAGCUCCUCUUCUGGAAUUCCCCGAUGCCGCAAACAAUGGACCCAGCAAAGGGGUAUCAGCUCAGUGCCUGUUUGAUCUGCUGCAGUCUCUAGAGGGAGACACGCCUGACAUUUUGGACAUCUUAGAGCUGGUGAAAGCAGAAAAGCCUCUCAAAUCAUUAGAUUUUUGUUAUGGGAAUGAGGAUCUGACCUUUUCUAUCAGUGAAGCCAUCAAGCUGUGUGUAACAGUGGUGGCAUAUGCCCCUGAAUCAUUCAGAAGCCUCCAGAUGCUGAUGGUCUUGGAAGCACUAGUUCCCUGCUAUCUGCAGAAGCUGAAGAGGCAGACCUCACAAGUCGAGACUGUAACAGCUGCUCGCGAGGAAAUUGCUGCAACUGCUGCCCUUGCCACAUCUUUGCAGGCCCUUUUGUACAGUGUGGAAGUUCUCACCAGACCCAUGACUGCUCCCCAGAUGAGCAGGUGUGACCAAGGCCAUAAAGGUACCACAACAGCCAACCACACCAUGUCGUCAGGGGUGAACACCAGGUACCCAGAACAGGGAGCCAAACUGCACUUCAUCAGGGAAAACCUUCACUUGCUGGAGGAGGGCCAGGGUCUCCCACGAGAGGAGCUGGAUGAACGAAUUGCCAGGGAGGAGUUCAGGAGGCCCCGGGAAUCCCUGCUGAACAUCUGUACUGAGUUCUACAAGCACUGUGGCCCCCGGCUGAAGAUUUUGCAGAACCUAGCUGGAGAGCCCAGGGUGACUUCCCUGGAGCUGCUGGAUGUGAAGUCACAUAUGAGGUUGGCAGAAAUUGCACAUUCCCUUCUGAAGCUGGCACCUUAUGACACCCAGACGAUGGAAAGCCGUGGGCUCCGGCGCUACAUCAUGGAGAUGCUGCCCAUCACAGAUUGGACAGCUGAGGCCGUGAGACCUGCCCUUAUCCUCAUCUUAAAGAGACUGGAUCGUAUGUUCAAUAAAAUUCACAAGAUGCCUACUUUGAGGCGACAGGUUGAGUGGGAGCCUGCCAGCAAUUUGAUUGAAGGGGUUUGUUUGACACUUCAGAGGCAGCCAAUCAUAUCCUUCCUGCCUCACCUUAGGUCACUGAUCAAUGUCUGUGUCAAUCUGGUGAUGGGAGUGGUAGGACCUUCCAGUGUUGCUGAUGGAUUACCCCUUCUUCAUCUCAGCCCUUAUCUCUCGCCACCUCUGCCCUUCAGCACAGCUGUUGUCCGGCUUGUAGCAUUGCAAAUACAGGCUUUGAAAGAAGAUUUCCCCCUAAGCCAUGUGAUCUCCCCAUUCACCAAUCAGGAGAGAAGGGAAGGAAUGCUUUUAAACCUACUGAUUCCAUUUGUCCUCACAGUAGGAUCUGGAAGCAAAGACAGCCCAUGGCUGGAGCAGCCUGAAGUCCUGCUGCUGCUCCAGACUGUUAUUAAUAUCCUCCUACCACCUCGCAUCAUUAGCACAUCCCGCAGCAAGAACUUCAUGUUGGAGAGUUCCCCUGCACACUGCUCUACCCCUGGGGAUGCUGGGAAGGAUCUGCGCAGGGAGGGACUUGCAGAGUCCACCAGCCAGGCAGCUUACUUGGCCCUGAAGGUGAUUCUUGUUUGCUUUGAGCGCCAGCUUGGCAGCCAGUGGUACUGGCUGAGCCUACAAGUCAAAGAGAUGGCCUUACGGAAAGUGGGCGGGCUUGCCCUGUGGGAUUUCCUUGAUUUCAUCGUUCGGACCCGUAUCCCAAUCUUUGUGCUCCUGCGGCCCUUCAUUCAGUGCAAGCUGCUUGCCCAGCCAGCAGAGAAUCAUGAGGAACUGACUGCCCGACAACACAUUGCUGACCAGCUAGAGCGGCGCUUCAUCCCACGCCCUUUGUGCAAGAGCUCCCUCAUUGCAGAAUUCAACAAUGAGCUAAAGAUCCUGAAGGAAGCAGUGCACAGUGGGUCAGCCUAUCAAGGGAAGACCUCGAUCAGCACUGUAGGCACCUCCACCUCUGCCUACCGCCUGAGCCUUGCUACCAUGUCCCGCUCCAACACAGGCACUGGCACAGUCUGGGAGCAGGACAGUGAGCCUUCACAGCAAGCUUCGCAGGACACUCUGAGCCGGACCGAUGAGGAGGAUGAAGAAAAUGACUCAGUGAGCAUGCCCAGUGUGGUAAGUGAACAGGACGCAUACCUUAUGGGUGCCAUUGGGAGAAGGCGAUUCUCCAGCCAUAUCUCCAGCAUGUCUGCACCUCAGGCUGAGGUGGGCCUGUUACCCAGCCAAAGUGAACCUAAUGUCCUCGAUGACUCCCAGGGCCUGGCCGCUGAGGGCAGCCUCUCUAGGUACAGUGUCAACACUACCUGUCUGUCAGUGUCUGUGCUGGGAAAUAAUCGGUUCCCUAUCUCCUCUGUCUCUCUUACUCACCUUUUGUCUCUCUUUCCAUUUCUGUCUCUUGUUGUUCAUUGAUAUUCAGGCCUGCAAGUCAAAGGUGUAGCAACCCAUCUUCAGUUUUCAGCUUUGAUUGCCAACAACUUCUAAUUGUUAACAACUUUGAGGAGUUAAAAAAAGGCUCGCUGGGCUAAAAUAUUUGUCUGUUUUGGAUUUUCCCCUUGUUAGCUAUGGUUCUGAAAAUAUGAGAAAUAGUAUGCACAAGAUAUUAAAUGUAAUUUUUUACAAGCAUCGAUUUAGAGACAUUCUUGUAAAAAGAUUUGUCAUUCUAUACUCUCAAUACUGUCAUCAUGAAACACUAUUAUAAUAAUAAUGUACAGAUCAUAGGCAUUUUCUUUUAUCGUUCUUUAAUAAUACUAAUCUUGAUAUUACUUAUUGAGUGCAAUUCCUUAUAAAUGUCCUUAUAGUAAUCCCCACUUAUUACUAUGCAUUACUAUUGUUCACAUGCUAGCCUUAGAAAACAUUCAAACAGACACUUUGGAUAUUCAAAAUUAUGCUGGCAGUGACAGAAUACAAACUUGUGAGCUCCUGCUUCUCGUGAACAGGGGAGUUUGUUCUUUGUACAAAUAAUAUCAUUGCCAUGUCUUUAAAAUAUGUUGGUUGUACGAUUUCAAAGGGAGGGCUGCACCUUUAACCAUCAGUUCAGCCUGCUACAUCAUUUUUACUGUUGUGCUACUGUGGCCACACCUCUCAAGUGAUCCUCAUUAGGUGGGAAAGAUUUUGUUCAUCCCAAGAGUACCUUUGUUUUGUUCUGGGAGAACACAAUCCCUGAAAUCUGGUAUGUAGAGUACACUGCAUUGCUUUGUUAUUUUACCCUGCUAGACUAAAGAUGAGGACAUGUUGAGAGGCACUUGUGUGAAAUAGUAUUUUUUGAGAUUUCACCAUUUUUUUAAUGCUGAAAAAUGGGAAAUUAAGUCUGUUGUUGGCUGUGCCAUUUAGAUCAUCCCCAUAAUUCAUAGUGCCAUUUGUGCUUGCGUGUGCUUUGCCUUGACAGAUCAGUCUCUGAUUGGUGGUAAUGUGGAAGGGCUGUCAAGAAAAGAUGCUUUCCUUUGGUAGAGCCAGGAAUGUUGUCCUAUAGCAAAAUGUAUUUUGUUCCAAAAAUAUCAGUAAGGCACCUGUCUGAUAGAACCAACUGAGCAACAGUUCACACGCUGAGAAAAAACAGAAACCAUUCUACAAAAGAAAUGAAGUGCAUUCACUUUGUGAGAAUUAACUAGUCUAUGUUUGGGGAGAGCUGUUUGAGAUAAAGACAGUAUAGCCUGCUGAAUAAGUCCCAUCCCAACGUUGAUUGUGAAAUGUCUUCACACUAUUACAUGGGAGUCAUUCUGCAUGACAACUCUUCAUGACAAGGCCAGGUAUUUUAUGAUAGAUGAGUCAGUUGACAAGGUCAAACUCAGUAAUUAAUUUUGGUCUCUGAAAUUUAGACAUAUAUGCAGUGGGUUAAUAUUGAAUCCUAGCAUGUCAGCCUUUGCCAAAAAUAAGACAUUGUCUCCUGUACUGCAUUGUUGCAAAGUUUUCCCUAAAGUAGAAAAUCAUUUGGCAUGUGUGGGGAAGUAGGUUUAUACAGAAAGAAUAUUUCUGGUGGUGUUUUAUUUUCUCAGGGAAAGGCACAGACAUCUGCAGGAAACAAUUUUAUGCCACAAAAGCUUAAAAGAGAAUGAACGUAGUGGAGUAAACUAAUCUAAUCUCUGUGAAAAAGGCUACAAUUUUAGUUCUGUAGAAGAUGAAAAGGCAAUGUUUUAGCUGUAUUGUAUGUACUUAAAUGUGUAAAUUGGAUUCUUCUUUUAAAGGAGAGAAGCAAUAAAACAGCCAGACAGCAUAACUGCUUAUUGUACUGUGGAGAUCAUUGAUAUAGCAGAGGGUAAAUAUGCUCUUAUAUUCAGGAACAAUAGCUUUAAAUAAAUCAAGCUGAGAUUUUUCUUUAGAUAACUUUGAUUUUAGCUCUUGAAUACGUGGAUAAAAACGGUUUAGAAUUGCCUAAUGAAUUCAAAGUUCAGUAAUAUUUACCCUAGGUUAAUGGAAUAACAGAUUAAAUAACAAAACAUGGUUGAAGGCAGGAAUUUCAAAUAACUGAAAAGAGCAAUAACAAAAACAACAGUAAAGCCUAUGUACCAAUUAGAGUUACACAUAUAAAAGAAAUGAAGACAGAAAGAGAACAGCAUUCAUAUGCACAUUAUGCAGAAAGAAGAGGGGUAGGCGAUAAAGACUUCUUCAUAACAUGAUUUGUUGAGAUUAUAACUGAGAAAAGGGGAGAUUUCCCCAAAGCACAAAGGAAAAGAGUGAAAACUUCUGUGAUUGGAAGCUGGUGCACAAAGAAACUUUUAAUCAUGAUUAAUAAGGAAAAUUAGACCAAUGAAUAUAGCAAGUGUAUAGGAAUAUCUUUAUGUUAAACUGAUUCUGACAGCUGAAAUGCUUCUGGGAAAUUGGGAGCUGGAUUUAAUCUACAUAUUAACCCAUUCUCUGCUGGUCCUUCACAGCAAAUCUGAGUUACCUUUGUCCCAGAACAAUCAAUUGAAAUACUGGGAAAAAUGGGCCAUUCCCAAUCUCUUGAGAAGUACAGCACAUGCUUUCUACCAAGAUAUUACCAGGAUUUUUGACAGUGACUAUAAUACAUUUAAUAUUGUUUUAAAAAUAUUUACUUGCUCUUUCUGGUUUUUGUUUUCCUUUGUCACACAUUUAUUUGCUUCAUUAUGUCUUGAUUUUCAUGGAGAUAUCUUACUAUAAAUGCCAAUUUGAUAAGGUUAUUUCAUUAUGAUCUGAGUGUUUCACUGGACCAACAUUUGUUGCAGUGUUGACAACAAGCAUCCAUGAACUCUUGUUAAUUUGUCUGUCUCUGUCCUAACCUUGUGAAGGAAGUAACAUGAUUAGGAAGACGCAUCACCUGUCGUGGGCAUUCAGUGAGUCACUGAGCAACAGUCCUGAUGGAUGGGAAAGUUUACAGCUGUGUUCUCCCCAGAUAAAUCUGGUUUAUGCAGUGUAACAAAAAUCUUAACAGUUGAUCCCAUUUUCACAAAAGAGGAAGAAUAAAUUAUCUGAAAAUGGAAUUGGAUUUAGACCUGUUUGACAGAAUUCCUGUGAACUGACCUCCUGAAUAUAAGGCGAGAGCAGAAAAAUAGUACGCUCUCGGCUGUGUUCAGUAGACAUUGAAAGGCAGAAAAGGAAGGAGAGUAUGCAUGCAUCAACAGUUCUUAGGGAACUCAUUUUCACAGAAACAAGGUGGUUGGUGCUCUUGCAGGGAAGAAAACAAACCAUGAUGGAAUCGAACUUAUGUCAGGAAAUUCAGUUAUUCAGCUUAAAUUGGCAGUUGUUGCUCUUUCUUCCUUACUAAAUUUGGGUGAAUCAGUGUAAAAGGAGAAAGGGAUAAAGGACAGUCACAUUAGGGUGGUGCAGGCAUCUCUGUUCAUCUCCACUGUUGUCCUUCUCACUGUUUGCCAGCAACGGACCUCCCCAGUCUAUGCUCAGCUUGAAUUAUACCAGCUUGUGCAAUGCUUCUUUGAUGGAGACACAUAUCCAUUAGAAUGCUAAACUUGUCUCACGUAUGUUGUAAGGUAGGCUUAAACCCUGAAUACAAGAUGGGAAAAGCAACUGAGUCCAGCCUGUCACUUGUCUCUUCAUUGUUUGUCUUUAAUGCACAGAGCAGUCCAUGGGAAUCAUUUUUUUCCUCAUAUCUGUGUCAUGUCUACAGGAAUCAUGUGCCAUCCUUGAUUAAUGAGGUUCUCAAAGUGUUUGCAUGAUGCUCAUUUUUAGAAGCUUGUUCCACCACUGUAAAUAAUAGGUUAUUUAAACUGAAUGUAACUUUAGUCUUUCCUACAGAGAUCAGCCUCUCCAUUGACAGAACUAACAGACAUCAUUCUUCCACAGAAACUGCAAGAACCAUCUUACCAUAACUUUCUGGUAGUUAGCCACUUAGUUGAAUAGCCAAUUCUCUUGCAGCACCAUUUUAAAAUACAUUUUGCAACCUUUAAAAAAUACGUUUGAUUUUAUUUUCUACUUAAAAUUAUUCACAUAUGGAUAUAUAUCUUAAGUCUCUUAAAAUUUCCUGGAGCAAGGUUUGCAGUAAUCUAGAAACAGAAAGUUAACAAUUUUCUUACAAUUUCAAGCAUUAGGCAUGUCAAACCCAAGGGAAAAAAUUUAAAUGCACCCUCUCAGCCUUGGUAAACUUCAGAAAGUGUCACUUCUGGAGUUUGCUGGAUCCCAAGCAGUUGCAUGUGCUGUAAGGCCGUUGUCUGGGUCAAGAAUGCAAUGCUGCCAACUGGAAGUAGCUUUGAGGACUGCACCAUUCAUAGAAGAAUAGUCUUGUCUUGAUGUUCAGAAUGUUUUGUAUGUAAACCAUAUGGAAAUCACAUGCAAAUAUUGAGAAUAUGCCCAGAGGAAGGUGUUCUCUCUUUGUGCUCAGCAAGACCACUUUUCCAGUAGUGUAGUUAUAGUAAACCUGCCAAAGUAUUAGCUCCAUCUUUUUCUCUUCCAGUAUUCAUAAGGCUGUAGAACAAGCUUCACUUCUUUUAGAGGCUUUUACCUUUUCCAAAGGAGGUGGCAAAGCCCAGGAAAAUUCAAAAGAACAGGAAUUUCCCCCCUUCCCCUCAUAGAUAAAAGCAUGCCAAAACCAGAAUGUACUGUAGUACUGAAUAUUCAGCAAUGCAUAUUAAAUACAGCUAGAAGGUGCCUAAUUGGGAUGCAUGCCUCAGUGAAUUUAAUUUUGUCCCAAAUAAGCACCUGUCCCAUUUAAAAGAAGUUCAUCUAAAUGUUACUUACCACUGUAACCAUAUGUGUCUCAGAUUUGGUUUUUUCAACCAAGCCAUUUUGUGACUGUUGCCUGCUUUAAUUGUGACAAAACUGGGAGGACUUCAGGAUUGUGAAAAGAGGAGGGAGGGUAGGGGGGAAUCUGCUACACCAAUAUUAAGUUGAUUGAGGAAAAAGUGGUGUAGGCUGCUUAAUGAUAUGAAGAGAGUCCCCUUGAUUGUUCAGACUGCUUGAUUUUUAACAGAGAUUCAGUUUGUUGACAACCUAUUAAAAACAAAAUGAAUGCUUUAAGAUUUUUAACAUAAUGUUUAACUGUUUUUAUUUUGCUCAUGAGCCACAAAGAGGUUUCAGGCUGCAAGUGUUGAAUGUGAAACCUUGUUUACAUAUAUCAUGCACCCAUUAUGUGAAUUAAAUCUUUGUCAGUUGUGUUCA